AUGGAUCAAAUUGAGGAACAAAUAAUGACCUUGCAGAAGAUUAUCACUGAGCUCAGGAUCAGUUCACAGUUCCUCAAGAACGCGACGCGAUUUCUAGUGUCGGUUUAUCUGUUUUUGUUCUUGUUUUCGCAGUUUUCUUCAUGGUAUUGGUAUCCUUCCUUUAACAUCUCAACAAUCUUAAACCAUGCUAAUGAUAAGAAUUGUAUUUUCCUUAUUUUCAAUGGUCUCCUAAUCUUUCUCGCUAUGACUUCUGGCCUCCUCAAAUUUUCAUCUUCCUCUGAUCUUAAAGAUCGACAUCAAUACGAUAUUGGUCUUCAUCAUGCACCGUUAACAUUUGAUGAAAAGGAAAGAGAAGUAGAUGAAGGAGAAGAUUGCUCUGUAGAGGAUAAUAGUCAUUGCAUCUCGGUUGUGACAGAUGAAAAUAAAGUUGAAGAUGAAGAAGAAGAAGAAUUAGUGGAUUUGGAUAAUGAAGAAUUAGACAAGCGAUUCGAUGAAUUCAUAAGAAGGAUGAAGGAAGAGAUGAGGGUAGGAUCUGAUCAAAAACAGCUAGUCAUUUCAUCUUUAUGA